GCCGCCGCAUUGAUUUUCAUGCGCUUGCAGUGACAGUGCGGCCCGUUGCCUUCUCGCUAUCACAGGAAACUCGUACGCGACUUCGCUAGUAUCACCAACGUUUCCUGUGUCGUCUGUCCUCCGACUUCGACUCUUCUGGACAGUGGACAGGGAUUGCUGGUGUUACGUUAUGCCACAUUUCACCCGCCCUCGCCGCUACUAACCCACAGCAAAUGAAGACGAUUCGUCUAGAGGAUGAAAAGAGAAGAAGUUUGUUUGUCCAUUGACGGAAAUGUUUCACCCCACACUCAGUCCCGCUGCAGCCGACAGGUGCGAAGGUGAUCACAGUAAGAAUCCUUGAUGAAGCUGUCCAGAUCACGCAAGAUGUGGCUGGUGAUGGUAAUCUGUGCUGGUCUGGUAGUCGCCCAGUACCAGCUAGCCAGCUCCUGGCUGAUAACUACACAGCAACCUCAGCCUCUGUCUGAGACUAUGCAAACAGCCAUCGAUCAACUACAGAUAGACGACAGUGUCAUGGCUGCUGUUGGUGAAAGAGUUAUUCGUGAUAUUGCUCUUCAGAUAAGUCAGAAGUUAAGCAGUGAGAUCUGCACAAGUGUGGUGGAUUCUGAACUGCAGCCGGUGUCUGGAAAGCAAACGGAUGAGAACGGGGAGGACAUUCCAACCUUGUACAUAAUCACGCCCACUUACCGUCGUCCUGAACAGUUGGCAGAACUAACCCGUCUCGCUCAGACUCUCAUGCACAUUCCUAAAAUUCACUGGCUUGUCAUCGAGGAUUCGCGUGUCGCUACUCCACAGGUCACCCAGCUCUUGCUUCGAACUGGUCUUUCCUUUGAACACCUUAUCGCUCCAAUGCCUGAUAUAUAUAAAAACAAAACAGGUUCAAAACCUCGAGGAGUCUCAAAUCGCAAUAGAGGACUCAAGUGGUUGAGAGCUAAUGCUACUAAAGGAGUUUUCUACUUUGCAGAUGAUGACAAUACUUAUGACAUUGCUCUAUUUCAAGAGAUGAGAUUUACCGAACGAGUCUCCAUGUGGCCAGUGGGUCUCUGUACCAACUUUGGAAUGAGCACCCCCAUUGUUCGAAAUGGAUCCCUCACUGGUUUCUAUGAUGGAUGGAUAGCAGGCAGGAAAUUUCCUGUUGACAUGGCGGGUUUUGCAGUUAAUGUUAAAUUCCUUCUUCAGAGACCAAAAGCCACAAUGCCUUAUAAACCAGGGUUUGAAGAGGAUGGAUUUUUAAGGAGUCUCGCACCUUUUGAACCCAAAGAUAUUGAGUUAAGAGCAGAUAACUGCACCAAGAUUUUAGUUUGGCACACCCAAACGAAGAAAAAUAAACCUGCUGUGGUGUUAGACAUCAAAAAGUACCGAAACACAAAUUUAAUCCACCUGAGACACCUGAUUGUCUGACUGAAAAUCUAGUCAUAUUCCAGCCUUAAGGACAAUCCUAUCCACCUUAUCAAAGCUUUUUAUUUUUGUUGAAGUUCUACAAUUUGUACUUCAUCACUACAUGUUUAUUCUAAAAGACAAUUUGGAUUUUCAAAUGUGACACAGUUGCCAUCCAAGCUUUUGUAGAUAGUGCUUAUGGAAAUAUUAAUGUUUGUUUUAUUUAUAUGCAUUGAGUGACAUGAUCUGAUGUUAUAAUGGACAAAUAUAUGUGAUAAGUAGGUUAAUGGUUUUUCUUAAGAAAAGGACUGUCAGCGAAUAGUGAAUUUUGACUUAGCUAAAAAUAACAUUUGUGUAAACUUGUCAUGAUGAAUUUCAAACGCAUUAACUUUUUCCUUUUUUUUGUUUCUAUGUCCUAAUGCUAAAACAACAUUUUAAUAAUGUUAUAUGCGUGUCAAAAGCAAUUAGCACGUUCCAUUUCUUGUUUGUACUUCCUAAUGUUUAAAACAGAAUAUUUUUAGUUGUUGUAAUGAAUGUCAAAAGCAUUACAUGUUUCUUUUAUGUUUGUAGUUCCUAAUGUUAAAGCAGAGCUUAUAAGUUGUUAUAAUGAAUUUCAAUAGCAUUACUUGUUCCUUUUUUUGUUUGUAAUUCCUAAUGUUAAAA